UCCGCGGCCCCGCUGCCCGCGCUCCCGAGGGCCGCCGGAGGCCUGGCGCUCAUCAUGAGCCGCGGCCACCGGCACGGGGCGAGCAGCGGCUGCCUGGGCACCAUGGAGGUGAAAAGCAAGUUUGGAGCUGAGUUUCGUCGGUUUUCACUAGAAAGAUCAAAACCUGGAAAAUUCGAGGAGUUUUAUGGAUUACUGCAGCAUGUUCACAAGAUCCCCAACGUUGACGUGCUGGUGGGCUACGCAGACAUCCACGGAGACCUGCUGCCCAUAAACAAUGACGACAAUUACCACAAGGCAGUCUCCACGGCCAACCCACUGCUCAGGAUUUUUAUACAAAAGAAGGAGGAAGCAGACUACAGCGCCUUUGGCACAGACACCCUGAUCAGGAGGAAGAACGUGCUGAGCAACGUGCUGCGCCCCGACAACCACAGGAAGAAGCCGCACCUCGUCAUCAGCAUGCCCCAGGACUUCAGACCUGUGUCUUCCAUCAUCGAUGUGGACAUUCUCCCUGAGACACACCGCAGGGUCCGUCUCUACAAGUACGGCACUGAGAAGCCCCUUGGCUUCUACAUCCGGGAUGGCUCGAGUGUUCGGGUGACCCCGCAUGGCCUGGAGAAGGUCCCUGGGAUCUUCAUCUCCAGGCUGGUUCCCGGGGGCCUGGCACAGAGCACGGGACUGCUGGCUGUGAACGAUGAAGUGCUGGAAGUGAAUGGCAUAGAGGUGUCAGGGAAGAGCCUGGACCAGGUAACUGACAUGAUGAUAGCCAACAGUCGCAACCUCAUUAUCACCGUGCGCCCAGCCAACCAGAGGAACAACGUGGUCAGGAACAGUCGGACUUCAGGCAGCUCUGGCCAGUCCACCGACAAUAGCCUGCUAGGCUACCCUCAGCAGGUGGAGGCCAGCUUCGAGCCAGAGGACCAGGACAGCGACGAGGAUGACAUCAUCAUCGAAGACAGUGGAGAGCCCCGACAGAUCCCCAGGGCCACCGAUGCCCAGAGUCUGGAGUCCUUGACGCAGAUAGAGCUCAGCUUCGAGCCAGGACACAACGGCUUCACCUCUGCACAUGAUGGCAACACAGCACCAGGCAGCCCCAGCACCGAGUUUGAGACCCUUGCUCCCAACCAGAAACUUCUAGAGGAAGAUGGAACGAUCAUCACUUUGUGAGCCUGUGUGAGUGUCUUAUGAAUGUGCAUGGGGAGUUAUGAAUGCAGCUCCUGAGUGAAGAUGUGGACCUCUAGCCAUGAUGUGGCCUGCGUGCUUGAAAUGUGGCUGGGUAAGAAAGGGAGCACCACUGCUGGGCCCAGAGUGCAGCUGCUGGGAGGGGGUACUGCUGCUGCUGCUGAUGAUCUUCCUCGGCCACCUGCGUGCGUCACUUUCCCAGAACUCACCAUGUUCGUGCCUGCUGGAAGCCAGCCUCUUGACCUGCUAUGCACGACCACUCAUUUUCCCUGGAGCCUUUUUUUUCUUUUAAUUAAGAAGUAUGAUUCUGUCUUUUAGUCCACUGAGGACCUUGGCUCAAUGUCCCAACAUUAAUGUGUUUUGAUUUUUUUAAAAAUGUUUCUUUAAUCAUGGCAAAGUAUUUUCGAAAAUGCAGUUUUGGUUUUGUUUUCUCAAUUUUAAGAAAUUAAACCAGCUGGUUGUGUUUAAGAGUUGCUGCCCAUUACCCAACUCUGGAGCACCCUGGUUUGUGAAUUGAGAAACAGUGACCGUCUCUCCUGAUGCUGUCCCCUCCCCAGAGCUUUGACAUUACAGGCACCUCAGUCCUCUGCUGUUCCCAGUCCAUCUGCGAUCGUUUGUUAUGCGUGUGUGUGUGUGUGUGGCCAGCAUGCUUUUAUUCUUUCAGUGUAUACAAGCGGUGUGAAUCAUCUUGGUUAAGAGACUUUUACACACAGGACAAAUGUCCUCUUUUUAUACAGAAGAUUGGGUUUUCCUUUGUGGGGAACCCCACCUACACUACAGGAAGGGUAUGUGCUCUCUGUCCACUGCUGAUAGGUGACAUUCAUUUUAUGGGUCUAUUUAUUACUGCUCUCCUCCCUUGCCUGAUCCCCUCGCAUUGAGAGCACAGGCACUGUGAUCCUAGCGUGUGGAUUCAGACUGCCACCCAGACCCUGAGUUCCCGGCUGACAGUUAUUUAUUAAUCUAUGGUAUGGUAACAGUUGUGUGCUGUUCAAACAAGAUUCCAAUGACUCCGAGCUGAAGGAUGUUUUCUCUCUACGGUAAGAUCCGUGAAGAAGUGAAGUCUUGAUCCAGGGCUCUGGCCCAGCUGCAGCACGCUGCCCCAUGGCCACUCCGUGUGUCACCUGCAGGCGACUAGCUAGGGAGGCUGCCAUAGUGACUUGUGGGAUUCCCCCGAGUUCUUCCUCUCUCUCACCACUGCUUACUAACAGCAUUGCAGCUUUGACACAAGAGUCAGGUCUGACUCAGAUGGAAGAUAACGUUAGGUGUAGAUGGUGAUUUCAUUUAUAUCUCAGUGGUACAGGGGCUUGACCUUCUCAGUAAAAGUACUUUCUCACAUGCUACCUCUCUCUUUUUUUUUUUUUCUUUUUUUUUUU